AGUCUUCUCGGAAAAGCUAGCUAGGGUGGAAACGGAACUUUAAGCACGCGUGCCUUCACGAUGUGCAGAAAAGUCGGCUACCUUUUGUGGAUCGUUCCACUAGUGAUAGCUGGAGUUACCCUUGGAGCACCACUAGAUACUGAUGUGACAGUUGAGCAAAUUAAUGACGCCGAACAGCUGGGAGGCCAUUUUGAGGGUGACAUAGUCCUGGACAGCAAUCAGAAGGAGAUUUUGGAGUCCAAACGCACGGCCCUCGUUGGAUCAUCAUAUUUAUGGCCUAAUUACAUCGUUUACUAUUCCAUAGUAACGGCGGAUUUCACAACUGCCCAGAUAACCCAGAUCAAGACAGCGAUGAGUGCGAUCAUGCUUGUCAGCUGCAUCAAAUUCGUGGAGCGAACUACCCAAACGGCUUACGUAUCCGUACAGGGCCAGUACACCGGCUGUUGGUCAAAUCUGGGUCACACCGGUGGGCAGCAGUUUGUGAACCUACAACCGAACGGGUGCAUGGUCCUCGGCACCAUUAUCCACGAGUUCCUGCACGCGCUGGGCUUUGUGCACAUGCAGAGCGCCUCGGAUAGGGACUUUUACGUGAAGAUCAACUGGGCGGCAAUACAGUCCGGCAAGUCGCACAACUUCGAUCGGUACGAUUCUACUUUCAUCAAUGAUUACGGCAUCCCGUACGACUACAACAGUGUGAUGCACUACCGGGCAGAUUCGUUCACUGCCACUGGUGAGGAUACGAUCAUUCCGUACGAGUCAGGGGUCACCAUUGGUCAGCGAGCCGGUCUUAGCUUCAAGGACAUCAAGCGCAUUAACUACCUCUAUCCGAAUUGCUAUUGAUCGGCAAUUGCUUUGUUUUUCUGGCAAAUUAUAUUAGGGUAAAAUAGAAUGUCAUGCAAGUUUAAAUAUUAAAGUAGGAUAAUUGUGAGCUGUUUCAAUAAAAUAU